ACUACAUUUGCAGAUUUUUUUCUCUUGGGAUUUCAGAACAGUAAAGACUUACACGUUCUAAUUACAUUUAUUCUGCUUCUGGCUUACUCUAUGACAAUUUUUGGGAACCUUGUGAUUGUCAUAUUAGUGUCCUGUAGCAAAACCCUGCAAUCUCCUAUGUACUUCUUCCUUACACAGUUGUCCACAAAUGAUAUACUAUUGACAUCAUCCAUUGUUCCCAACACGCUCUAUGUUUCACUAAAUGACGGUGGAGCAAUUUCUUUUGCUGGCUGCAUCACCCAGUUUUAUUUCUUUGGUGCAUCAGAAACCUCAGAGUGUCUUCUUCUUACGGUAAUGUCUUAUGAUCGAUAUUUGGCCAUCUGUAACCCACUCCGGUAUUCUGUUUUAAUGAAUAGAGGGCUUUGUUUGAAACUUAUUAUUGCCUCUUGGAUGUUAAGCUUCUCAUUGAUAUUGAUCGAUACUGUAUCAUUAUCUAAGUUAGAGUUCUGCAAAUCAAAUAUUAUUGACCAUUUUUUUUGUGACCUGGAUCCAUUGAUGAACAUUUCUUGCUCUGAUACCUAUUUUCUUCAGUUAGAAGUUACUUUAUUAAGCAUUCCACUUGUAAUUGUACCAUUUAUAAUGAUUGUGAUAUCAUAUGCUUAUAUUAUUUUUGCCAUACUGAAGAUUCAGUCCAAGACCGGUAGGCAGAAAACCUUCUCCACCUGUAGUUCCCACCUGAGUGUGGUGAUCAUGUUCUAUGGAACUCUCAUUGGUAUUUAUGUUCUCCCAAACAGAGAACAAGCACUGAACACUGGUAAGAUUAUGUCAUUGUCUUAUACUGUGGUGAUCCCUUUGCUGAACCCCAUUAUCUACAGCCUAAGAAACCAGGACAUUAAGAAAUCCUUGCAGAAAAAUAUUAGAAAAAUUAUUGCUAUUUAG